AUGCCGCACCGACCGUGCCAGCGGUACAGCCAUACCAGCGGUGGGCGCCGCCGAAGUGAGACGGUACGCGAUGCGACGCGCGUGCUCUGCGGCAACGGCCAGCGCGGCUGCGGCGACGGCAAGGCCGCCGUCGCCACGUUCAACACGCCCAUGUCUCUCUGCUGCUUGGUGGACGGCACCCUCGUCGUCUCCGACUGCCAAAACAACACACUGCGCUUCGCGGUGCAGGACGAGAAGGGCAGCCUCCGCGUCCAUGCGCUGCGCAACUCGUCCUUUCUGGCACCGCGCGGCCUCGGACUCGACGCCUCGCUCUUGUACGUCUGCGAUACCGGUCACCACAUGAUCAAGUUUGGCCUUCUUCCCGACGCCUUCCUGGAGGACAUGGAUUUUGGGGUCUUCGCGGGCUCGGGCAGGAAAGGGCACGUCGAUGGUCUCGCGUCGAGUAGCGCCUUCCACCACCCGUCGAGUCUUGUCGUGCUGGCCGACCACAGCGUUCUCGUCGCCGACACGGGCAACCACUGCAUUCGAUCGAUCCACAGGACGCACGGGCAGUGGCGCGUCCGAACCAUCGCGGGCGGCGCGCCGAGUCCCAACCCAGUGGUGGGGCGACGGUCGUCGGUCCCGUCCAGUGCAGGCUACGCUGACGGCGUCGGACCCACCGCCCUCUUUCGCGGCCCGAGUGGCCUCGCGCUCGGGCCUCUCGGCGAAGUCUUCGUUGCGGAUACGUUCAACCACUGCAUCCGCGUCUUGACGUGGUCCGAGGACGCUGGCGCGUGGCGUGUCGAGACGCUGGCGGGGUCGCCCAAGAGCGGCCAUGUCAACGGCGCGUGCGACAGCGCGCUCUUCAACCAGCCCGUCGGCCUCUGCAUUGCGGCGGACGAGUCGAUCUUCGUCGCAGACAAGGGCAACAACUGCCUGCGCCAGCUCGGCGGCGUCGUUCGGAGCCACGACCGGUGCUACUACAGCUGGGUGCGCACGGUGACGAUCGAGAGCUUUGCGCCUAGCCAAGUGUUCUCGAGAGGCGUCGAGCCGCCAUUUCUCUUGCCCAAAGGCGUGUGCACGCUGGUUCGAGGGCGGCCUGAGAAACCUGAUCACGUGCUUCUUGGCGUUUGUGAUUCCGGCAACCACUUGGUUCGGCUCGUGUCCGUGCCCAGCCUAGCACGUCCCGACAUAACUGCGAGCAGCGCCGAGGACGAUGACAUUGAAAGCGACGACGGCAACAACAACAUCGGCGACAAGCCAGACAUCUCUACACGAUGUUGA